CAAACACAAUCGUGGUCCCACUACAGCAUUUUUCUUUCUUUCAUCUUGCUUCGUUUUGAGUCGGCUGCCGAAAUAUGGACGUUCCCGCCACGACAGAAGAUGUCAAAGAGAGUGCGGAAUCGAUCACGGUCCGCGUGCGCGAUCAGACGGGAGAAGAAACCUUUUUUAAAAUCAAGAAAACGACCAAGAUGCAGAAGGUGUUUGAAACCUACGCGACUCGGAAAGGAGUCCAAGUCAACUCGUUGCGCUUUCUCCUUGAUGGGGACCGUAUCACACCUGAUCAGACACCCAAGAUGCUCGAACUGGAAGAUCAAGAUCAGAUUGAUUGCGUCUUGGAGCAAACGGGAGGUAAAGGACACGGACAAAUAGGAGCUGCUGCUCAGUAAAGAAAGUUACGGUGUUCAUCGGGGAUCAUUUCAAUGCGCAGUGUUUUGGAAACGCAUCAUUGCUACCGAGAGGAAUCGACGAUACUUUCCAAAUAAUUUGUGUGGAAAGCCGGCCUAUAUUCGUCAGUGCUGGCGACGACUUUUCUCGAUUGUAAGCACAGACUAGAUUCUAAAAAAGUACUCGGAAACAUGC